AUGGCUGAACAACGUGCUCCCCUCCGUCUGGGCUCCGUCGCCCCUAACUUCGACUCCGAGACCUCCACUGGCCCCAUUAACUUCCACGAGUUCCUCGGUGGCAAGUGGACCAUCCUCUUCUCUCACCCCGAUGACUUCACCCCCAUCUGCACCACCGAGCUCGGUGCCUUUGCCAAGCUUGAGCCCGAGUUCACCCAGCGUGGAGUUCAGCUCAUUGGUCUGAGUGCCAACCACGUUGAGUCUCACCACCGCUGGAUCAAGGACAUCGAUGAGGUCUCCGGCUCCCAGCUCAAGUUCCCCAUCAUUUCCGACCCUGAGCGCAAGGUCGCCUACCUGUACGACAUGGUUGACUUCCAAGAUACCACCAAUGUUGACUCCAAGGGUAUGGCCCUGACCAUUCGUUCCGUCUUCAUCAUCGACCCUGCCAAGAAGAUCCGUCUGAUCAUGACCUACCCCGCCUCCACUGGUCGCAACACCGCCGAGGUCCUCCGUGUCAUUGAUGCUCUCCAGACCACCGACAAGCACGGUGUUACCUGCCCCAUCAACUGGCUCCCCGGUGAUGAUGUUGUCAUCCCUCCUCCCGUCUCUACUGCCGAUGCCAAGGCUAAGUUUGGUGAGAUCCGUGAGGUCAAGCCUUACCUCCGCUUCACCAAGGACCCUUCCAACUAG